AUGAGGACUGUAGUUCUGCUGGUUGUUGUGGGGUUGUGUGUGUGGAAUGUCACAUCCUCCCUGAAAAUCUGCGCUUUCAAUGUUCAGAGCUUUGGUGAAUCAAAGGCAAACAACAAGAAGGUUAUGGGGAUUCUACUAAAGAUUCUUUCUCGGUGUGACUUGUGUCUUAUUCAGGAAGUCCGGGACUCUAAAGGAAAAGCAAUUCAAGCUUUGGUUAAGGAGCUUAACAGAUUUGACAAAUCCAACUCAUACUCCUAUGUGGAAAGUGAAAGGCUGGGGAGGAAGACCUACAAGGAGCAGUAUGUCUACAUAUACAGGAACAAUGUGCUGCAGGUCAAGGAGCAUUAUCAGUACCGUAAACUAGAAGGAGAAGGGACCAAUGAAACUGAUGUUUUCUCCAGGCAGCCUUUCAUCGUUCGCUUUUACUCCCCUACUACAUUGGUGAAGGAUUUUGUCCUGAUUGGGCAGCACACUUGUCCCAAAAGUGCCAUGAAGGAGAUUGAUGAACUGUAUACAGUCUUCAUAAGAAUUUACAACAAGUGGAAGACUGACAACGUGAUGAUCUUAGGGGACCUCAACGCCGGCUGCAGCUACGUCACCAUCAAGGGCUGGAGAGCCAUGCGCUUGAGGAGUGACCCCAAGUUUCGCUGGCUGAUCGGAGAUGAGCAAGACACUGCUGUCCGUGAGAAGAUCCACUGCGCCUACGACAGGAUCAUUGUCCAUGGACGUGAGAUUAUUUCCUGUAUAGUGCCAGGUUCAGCUCAACCGUUCAACUUUAAAGAGCAUUUCCAUCUCACUGAGGAGGAGGCUCUUGAGGUCAGUGAUCAUUUUCCUGUUGAAGUUGACCUGAAGCCCAACCACCGCUACCUCCUACGCAAUGAGCUGUAG